AGGCGGGGCAAAGGUCUCUGUGGUUGUUCAAGGCCAAAAGAAACGAGAAGCAGCCAUUUGUUUAGUCAUUUGCCAUAAUGAGUGGGGAGGAGAGGUUAUGAGAGGAGGACAAGGUUGAGAAUUAAAAGUCAACACCGCAGGAGUAAAGUGAAUAUUGGUCUGUGUCAGCACGGGCUGAAAGAAAUUCUUCGCCAGCCUUAAGUGUUGUGUCUGUCAACACACUGCUACUGAAAACAGAAACGUGAAGUUUAUCUCGGGACAACAACGGAGUUUAACAGGUUCAUAAUAUGUGAGUAACUUAAAAAGCUGUAAAGAAGAUGAAACCUUUAUCUUUCACCUCAGACCGCUCGCUGCUGCUGCUCGGCGUCGUCUGGAGUCUUCUCGUGGGUCCAAGCGGCUCUGUUUCUUCAACAUCAAGCCCAGUGUCACCAUCGACAGAGACAAAUCCAACAGAAAGAGAAACGUCCAGCACACUCGGAACUUCUCCGAUGACAAGCCCUUCAACAACGAAACCUCGUCCUGAUAAUGCAGAGGGCUUUAAAUCAGUGGGACAAACUGAGACCAGUGUCACCCUGCAGUGGAAAAAAGUGGGAAACAUCCCCACAUAUGUACUUGUGUACAGUGACAGAGAAAUAGACGUCACUGAAGAAAUGGAAAACGAAACAGUUACACGCGUAAUCCCAGGACUCACAAAUGGGACAAAAUACAACUUCACUCUCUUCACUGUGUUUGAAACCGUCAGGAGCAGUGGAGAGAACCUCACUGCAGUCACUGCUCCUCCUAAUGCAGAAGAGUUUAAAUCUGUGGGACAAAAUGAGACCAGUGUCAUGCUGCAGUGGAACAAAGUCAACGGCUUCCUCAACUAUACACUUGCGUACAACAAUAAAGAGAUAAUCAUUCCGGCAUCAGAGGGAGAUCCACAAGUGACACAGACGAUCUCAGAUCUCAGCAAUGGAACUAAAUAUGAUUUCACUCUCUUCACUGUGUUUGAAACCGUCAGGAGCAGUGGAGAGAACCUCACUGCAGUCACUGCUCCUCCUAAUGCAGAAGAGUUUAAAUCUGUGGGACAAUAUGAGACCAGUGUCAUGCUGCAGUGGAACAAAGUCAACGGCUUCCUCAACUAUACACUUGCGUACAACAAUAAAGAGAUAAUCAUUCCGGCAUCAGAGGGAGAUCCACAAGUGACACAGACGAUCUCAGAUCUCAGCAAUGGAACUAAAUAUGAUUUCACUCUCUUCACUGUGUUUGAAACCGUCAGGAGCAGUGGAGAGAACCUCACUGCAGUCACUGCUCCUCCUAAUGCAGCAGAGUUUAAAUCUGUUGGACAAAAUAAGACCAGUGUCACGCUGCAGUGGAACAAAGUCAACGGCUUCCUCAACUAUACACUUGCGUACAACAAUAAAGAGAUAAUCAUUCCGGCAUCAGAGGGAGAUCAACCAGUGACACAGACGAUCUCAGAUCUCAGCAGUGGAACUAAAUAUGAUUUCACUCUCUUCACUGUGUUUGAAACCGUCAGGAGCAGUGGAGAGAACCUCACUGCAGUCACUGCUCCUCCUAAUGCAGACGAGUUUAAAUCUGUGGGACAAAAUGAGACCAGUGUCACGCUGCAGUGGAACAAAGUCAACGGCUUCCUCAACUAUACACUUGCGUACAACAAUAAAGAGAUAAUCAUUCCGGCAUCAGAGGGAGAUCCACAAGUGACACAGACGAUCUCAGAUCUCAGCAAUGGAACUAAAUAUGAUUUCACUCUCUUCACUGUGUUUGAAACCGUCAGGAGCAGUGGAGAGAACCUCACUGCAGUCACUGUUCCUCAAAAUGCUGGAAAGUUUCAAUCAGUGGGACAAAAUGAGACAAGUAUCACUCUGCAGUGGAUAAAAGUCAACGGCUCCCCCAACUAUACACUUGUGUACAGCAAUGGAACGAUAAACAUCACUGCAUCAGAGGGAGAUCAACCAGUGACACAGACGAUCUCAGAUCUCAGCAAUGGAACUAAAUAUGAUUUCACUCUCUUCACUGUGUUUGAAACCGUCAGGAGCAGUGGAGAGAACCUCACUGCAGUCACUGCUCCUCCUAAUGCAGCAGAGUUUAAAUCUGUUGGACAAAAUAAGACCAGUGUCACGCUGCAGUGGAACAAAGUCAACGGCUUCCUCAACUAUACACUUGCGUACAACAAUAAAGAGAUAAUCAUUCCGGCAUCAGAGGGAGAUCCACAAGUGACACAGACGAUCUCAGAUCUCAGCAAUGGAACUAAAUAUGAUUUCACUCUCUUCACUGUGUUUGAAACCGUCAGGAGCAGUGGAGAGAACCUCACUGCAGUCACUGUUCCUCUAAAUUCUGGAAAGUUUCAAUCAGUGGGACAAAAUGAGACAAGUAUCACUCUGCAGUGGAACAAAGUCAAUGGUUCCCCCAACUAUACACUUGUGACCAGCAGAGGAGAGAUAAACAUCCCUGCAUCGGAGGGAGAUCAACCAGUGACACAGACGAUCUCAGGUCUCAGAAGUGGAACUAAAUAUGAUUUCAGUCUCUUCACUGUGUUUGAAACCAUCAGGAGCAGUGGAGAGAACCUCACUGCAGCCACUGUUCCUCCUGCGGUGUCGCUUGUCAACGUGACUGAACGCUCUGUGACCAGUGUCGCUCUAAAGUGGCAGAAUGUGGAUAAAGACUGGACCUACUCACUUCAGAUUAAUGGAGUUGAUGUGAAAGCCGACCUACUUUUAUCCUCAAAUGUUGUGUCAUAUUCAGUCACAUCUCUGCAGCCUGGGACAGAGUAUUUAUUCAGCGUGAUCACUCUGUUCUUCGGCCUCAACAGCACUGCUUAUGAGGGCUUCACUGUAACAACCAUAGACUGUGCCAGUGUGGCCUGGCACGUUACCAACUCAUCGAUCCAAGGGAUGGUUCAAGGCUUGUUCUCGAAUGCAACGGUGAACGAAACUCACGUCAGUCCUUCAGGUGGCAAUGUGUCGUUCACUGGUCUUUACCCUGGAGCAACCUACGAGGUGUCACUUGUGUACGAAAGAAAAGACACACUCUUUGAACAAUGUCGCCACAAUCUGACCGUCCUUCCUCCAAGUUUAAGCGCUCACUGUGAGUAUUCGGACGGUGGCUAUUCCAUCCUUAUAGUCUGGGACAAACCAGCCGGUGUGUGGACUGAGGUGGAGGUGAACGUGAGCGGACAAAAUCACAGGGUGCCUCAAAACGGGGAACAGCAAACUAAGAUACCUGGAUUCAGUCCUGCCAGAGAGUAUGUGGUGUCUUUAGAUUCGCUCUCUGGGAAUCAACAAGUGAGAAGUUAUGAACCCUUCGUCUUUCUGUGCUCUACUGAUCCAAGGGGAGUCAUUACAGGGUCCGUGCUUGGGAUGCUGCUUCUUAUUGCCCUGGUCUGCAUGGUUCUCUUCAUUUUGUUUAAACGGCCAGAUCUGAUCAGUAAACGCCAAUUCCGCAGUGGAUCCAAACUAUCCCGUAAAAGCUACAGAACUAUAUCAGUAGCAGAGUUUCCCGGCCACUUCUACCAUUUAAGUGAGGACGAGAACAAAGGUUUCAGCGAAGAAUAUGAGCAACUCCAAACGGUCGGCACGGAGCAGUCACAAAAAGCAGCAAUUGGACCUGAGAAUCGAAAAAAGAAUCGUUUCAACAACGUGCUGUCAUACAACUGGAGUCGAGUGAAACUAACAGCGUCAAAAUCCAAAGGGACCUCUGACUACAUUAAUGCCAAUUACAUACCAGGUUUCAACAGGAAAACUGAGUACAUCGCCACUCAGGGUCCUCUGCCCUCCACGGUCACUGAUUUCUGGAGGAUGAUUUGGGAGCAAAAAGUGAAAGGCAUCGUGAUGGUAACCAACUGCGUGGAAUUGGGACGGAACAAGUGUGAACAAUAUUGGCCUGCAGACAGGAAGCCUCAUCUCCACGGAGAACUCUUGAUCACCGUCAGAUCUGAGGACCGGGAUUCCAACUGGACAUUGAGGGAAUUUAGUGUGAAAAAUAGAAACACGUCGGAGGAGCGCACCGUGAGACAUUUCCACUUCACAGCCUGGCCCGACCACGGAGUCCCACAAGGAACCAAAGACCUGAUCCAGUUCAGAGGACUGGUGAGACGGCACAUAGAGAGAGAAGGGACCAGAGCACCAACUGUAGUUCACUGCAGUGCUGGGGUGGGGAGGACAGGCACCAUCAUCGCCCUGGAUGUGCUGCUUCAGCAGUUCGACCAAAACAAGGAAGUGAACAUCAACGGCUUUGUGCACAAGAUGAGACUGAGUCGGCCACACAUGGUGCAGACAGAGUCCCAGUACGUGUUCCUGCACCAAUGCAUCAUGGACAGUCUGCAGCAGCAUGAGAUGACAGAAGAACCCAUAUACGAGAAUUCAGAAAUGAUAUAUGUCAACGCCACUGCACUCAAAGAGUUUCGUUAACGCAAGAUAGACAUUUUUGCACAACAAAUAUUCUCCUAAAGUAAAUUUACUAUAUUUUGUUAUAAACUGUAAAUAUGAAGUUAUAUAUAUGUACCUCUAUAUGCAUCGCAAAACUUAUUUAAGUUUAAGAAUUUCCCAAAUACUGCUAUUGUUGUGUGACAAAGCAACUCUCCAGAAACUCACAUUUUUUUUAAAUUACAUUUAUUAACAAUAACAAAAGUCGGUAGAAAAUAGUGUAUAUCUGUUUGUACAAGAAAUAAAAUAUUUUGAGUGUUUAAAAAA